AUGGAUACAUCCGAAAAAGGAUCGCGACCACCAGCACAUAAGCCCCCGUUCCCACGCACAUCUUCCUUGAUUGCUCGUAAGGACCUUAUCCUCCCGGCAGCCUUCAACGAUAUGUCUCCCCUAGCGAGGGAGCUCCUGCCACUGAGAAUCGAGGAGAGGAACGAGGUGCAAAGAUUUCUCUGUGCUUUUCUCGAUAUUUCUCGAUUCAAUAGCAUACGCAAGAUGCUAUGGCUGAUCGGCGUUCCUGGGGCUCCACGCUCCUUGUACUACCAGAAGCUCCUACGCCGUGAAAUUGUCAUUGCAGAACGACUGGAUCUCCAUCUGGUUUGGGCGAAGUCAAGAAUUUUCAUCAAACCGCUCCCAGAUUUUCUGCUCAAUUACGAGUUCUGGGAGAACCAUAUAUCCUGCGAACCUCAGCUACAUCGAGCAGCGUGUGGGCUUCUCUACUCUUAUUGUGGCCUCAUUCGCUUUGGUCAUGAUUUGCAGCUGGCACAAGAAAAUCAUCUGAUCAAUGAGAAUUUGGAUUAUCGAGCUUGGACGGAAUUUACUCGGACGAUAUUAUCAAUCCUUGACCAUAAUGACUUUGAUACCAUGGAGAAACGAUUCCGGUAUGGCGAGUUACGCCUAAAUCGACUCGACGUCAUCUACCGAUAUUCACCUCAGGAAUUUUCCGUAUCCAGCAUGCUUCAGGGCUUUCCCCAUGCUCUGACUGAAAGCUACGUGCCCUAUAUGGACCAGUACAACAACGCGGUGUCAGCGUUUGGUGUGAUCGUUAUUAUUCUCUCGGCUUUCAAUCUGUCACUGUCGGCGCAUUCUAAAAGUCCAGAUCCUGAUCUUCAACAGGCGGCAUACGGAUUCGCGGUAUUUGCUAUGAUUUUAUGCGCCCUGGUGACUGGGCUGUUUAUUGUGUUACCUACAGCACGUUACACCUGGCAGAAUCUCACCGAUGGGAAGUUGACAACCAAAUCAGAUGCCGACAGCCUCGAUAGCGAGAAUUAUGUAGUGAUCACUGCCCAGUAUCCAUCACCAGAAGAUCCACCGGCUUGCACUGAGCGUAAAGAAUUGCUUCUCUACCUCUUGGGACGUCACUGGGUCUUGCAUAUUGAGAACGGAAAGUGGGUCUCAUUCGUUCAAAAGCCAACCUUCACCCCGCCCCCUUCCCUCUUUCACGAACCUGAGGUCCAUGCCACAUCCGUCGAAAAGAAAAUUCAUAUUGUUUAUUAA